AUGGAGCGAAAAUUAGUGAAUCUAUAUGGUGGAGCUAUAACGUGUGAAAUUCCUGUAGGAUUCGAUGAUUUGAGCAACCUCUUUCCAGUACCAGAUAACCAGGAAGUAUUUGUAUAUCACUCGAACGGAUCUUCCAGCAUGAAUUCUGGACUCGGUUCCCAUGAUUACGUCUUGUCGUUUGAAAUACUGGAACAUUUGUCGGAUCUCUCCGACGCGGAAGCAGGAAGGAAGCUGUUCUCGGAUCUCUCGUACUGUAACGAGUCUAGAGAAUCGAAAAUUCUCACUCUGAAUCCAGUGCAAGGAACGGACCUAGGACUGUCGGAACUCUUCAACGCAGUGUCAGUCUCGGGAACGAUGGAAGUGUCCCGCUCAAAGAACAAGGAGGUGUACAAUAGAAUAAGGGUGCUGAUGUACAACGUGAGAAUGCCAACAUCACUGUUAGGGUACAAGUGCGAGUUGCUGGCGUCGUACAGCUACCCGGAGGAAGGAGGGCACCUGGCGGGAGAAAACGAAGAAAUGUUCGAAAACGCAGUGAAAACGCUGAGGGUGGUGGACACUAAUCUGUUUUCAACGUAA